AUGGCGCCAAGCGAUGUGACGAUCGAUAUCCCACUUGAGCCCGUCAAGACCAGUGCGAGCAGCGGCGGUGGACUACGGAAUCACAGUGCUCAGAAUGUCGGCUUGCAGCCCAUCAACACCAAUUCGCAGAGCAGCGAGAAGAAGAGCUGGAUUCGAGGCAGGCGGACGAAGCCUGUCGAAGGACAAGGUACGGGUCGAGUCGGAUACGAUGGCGAGGAAGAUACGCUUACAACCAUGGGCAAGAUCUAUGACAAGAUCCUGGGCUUCUCCAUCAUCACCAGAUAUUUUCUCUAUGUCCUGCCGUUGGGACUGCUGAUUGCCGUUCCCAUCAUUGUCGGAUCUUUCUACAGCGAGAAGAACAUGCCUGAAAUCGGAGGCGUGUCGCUCGUCUGGUUCUUUACAUGGGUCGAAAUUGUCUGGCUGUCUCUCUGGGUUUCGAAGAUCGUGGUACAUUUCUUGCCUUUCGUCUUCCAGACACUGGUCGGCGUGGUCAGCUCUGGUGUCCGCAAAUAUGCGACAGUUCUUCGCAAGCUGGAGAUUCCAUUGUCCCUGGUGGGAUGGGCGGUCACGUCUCUGGCUACAUUCAAGCCACUUAUGGAGAAGAACCCCUACAAUCGCAAGACCGCUCACAAUCUGAGCGCUUCUAAUACCAAAUGGGUUACGAUUGUGCAGGAAAUUCUUGGUGCUGCCGUGGUUUCGACUCUGGUCUUCCUUGCUGAGAAGUUCAUCAUCCAGCUCAUCAGCAUCAACUACCACAGGAAGCAGUUCAAUGCGAGGAUUAAGGAUUCUAAACGACAAGUCUACAUUCUUGGACUGCUAUACGAUGCAUCGACUGCACUGUUCCCAGCAUAUGGCGAUGAGUUUCAGGAGGAGGAUUAUGCCAUUGCUGAUCAGCUCAACUUUGCCGCUUUCGGCGGCAAGAGGAAGCGGACGCACAAGAGAUCGGGAUCGGCGACACCUAUGCGUGCGUUGCAAGAACUCGGUCGCUUGGGUGACAAGGUCACGUCUGCUUUUGGAAAUGUCGCAUCUGAGAUUACCGGAAAGGAAGUCUUUAACCCGAACAGCUCGCACUCCAUUGUGGUCGAAGCAUUGGAACGACGACGCACUUCCGAAGCCCUUGCUCGCCGUAUCUGGAUGUCCAUGGUGAUGGAAGGCCACGAGGAGCUUCGCGAGGAAGACAUCGUCGACGUUCUGGGACCAGAUCGCAAAGCUGAAGCCGAAGAGGCAUACGAGGCUCUAGAUCGAGACGGGAAUGGCGAUAUUUCUCUUGAUGAGAUGAUUCAGACUGUCGUCGAGUGGGGUCGCGAGCGUAAGGCAAUCGCGACCAGCAUGGUGGAUGUCGCUCAAGCCAUUAAUGUCUUGGACCGCCUCCUUCAGACCGUGGUACUGGUCGCCGUGGUCUUCAUCUUCAUUGCUUUCCUCAACAAAAACUUCGUCACGACUCUUGCGACGACCGGAACAGCACUUCUCUCGCUGUCCUUCGUCUUCUCGGUCACUGCACAAGAGAUCCUCGGCUCCUGUAUCUUCCUCUUCGUCAAGCAUCCUUUCGAUGUUGGUGACAGGGUUGACAUUGCAGACAAUGCAUUCCUUGUGGAACACAUCAGUCUGCUGUUCACCGUCUUCCGCAGGGCGAACGGAAACAAGACAGGGCAGCUGUGCCAGUACCCGAAUAUUGUGCUCAACACGCUUGCACUCGACAACAUUAGCAGAAGCAAGGCACAGACUGAACAAAUCACCCUGGACAUCUCCUUCGACACGAAGUUCGACGACAUUCAAAUUCUCAGGAACGAGCUUGUUCGAUUCGUCACCGACAAGGACAAUUCGCGCGACUUCCUGCCAGACUUGGACGUGGAAGUGCUUGGUACAUCUGACAUGUCGAAGCUGCAGCUCAAGGUGGAGAUCAGACACAAGAGCAACUGGGCCAACGAGACACUCCGCGCAGCGAGACGAAGCAAGUUCAUGUGUGCGCUGGUCGCCGCGCUUCGUGCUGUCCCGAUUUAUGCCCCAGGUGGUGGUGGCGAUGCUGCAGGCAGCGCAGCAAACCCCAACUACUCUGUGGCAAUCACAGAUUCUGAAGCCAAGGAGAAUGCGCAACACACCGCCGAUGAGCGGGAGAAGGCUCGCCUCGUCGCGACCAAGAAGAUCCAGGAAGCAAAGGAAGCGACUGCGAUGGGCAUGACUGGCAUGAAAUCUGGCGAUGCCAAGGUCAUCAACGACCUCAACUCGCGAGAUCCAGCUAUUGACACUGCUCGGGAUCAGGCAUGGGCUUCAGGACGCGACGAUAAUAGCACUCUCGGCGAACGACCCAGCAUCGACCAACAAGACCUGAACGACGUUCGCAGCCUCCUUCGUCGGGAGAGCACACGUGGCAAGCGCAAGGCUAGUACCGAGCAGUCUCGUCCAUAUGCUCCAGGUGUCCCUACGAUCAACGAACCUCACCAAACGACAUCCGCACCACCUCAGGUUCAAUUCCCAGGUUCCGAAGCUCGGCAGCCAAGCCCGAACCAGUUUCCCAAUUUCCCGAGUCCUUACAGACCUACUCAGCAGUACCAGUCUGCUCAAGGCUACGUCCAACCACGCAGUAAUGUUGAGAUGAGCCAGAUUCCUCAGCAAGGCACGAGUAACCCGUAUAGGAGUCGGGGGCAAGAGCAGGCUUUGAGUCCACCUUCUGCUCGACGGGUGGGGGAAAGAGAUGACGAAGAUGAUGCAUGGAAUGGGAGGCCAUACUCUGGCGUUUGAGAAGCACCAAUGAUUGAAGAAAAAGUCCUCGAAUAGACUACCAAAAUGGCGUUGGAAUGGCCUCCAGCUACACUUGAAUUUUGGCUGUGUUUUGGCAUGUGAAAAGCAUGGAAAGUUUAUGACGAGUGUAUACGAAGGUCAGGUACAUAGUCGAAAAGAAUCCGACAGGACCCGAGAAAGGUGACAGAACGAUG